AAGCUAUAUACAUACAUGUAACACAUAUAAUAAAAUUAAUAAUUUAUCUUUCAAUUUAUUCGAUAAAUAUAUAUACAUAUAUAAGUAUAUAUUUUUUAUACAUAUAUCAUAGAAUUGGAAUUCUGUCACAAUGCGUACAGCAUUAUUUGCAGUCAUCGUUACGAACAUUGUGUGUGCCUUCGAUGCAUUAAUGUUUAAAGAUAUGUUUUUGAGCAUAAAUAUAUUUACUAAUCUAUCUACAGCGUUUGUAACAUAUGUAGAAUUGAAGGAUGUAUCUAGUCUAAAAAAACCAUCGUAUAUAAAUAAAUUUAUAGGGGAAAACACAGCAUAUAGUAAUAUAAGUCUGAAAAUGAUAGCAACCUUACUUGCAAACAGCGCUGAAGAAGGAUCGACAGGGAAUGAAUUGAUGUCUUAUUGGAAUAUCACUGAUAAAAUAUCUUUAAACAACGAAUACUUAUCUGAAUUAAUUUUUUUAAACAGUAUCAAAGACAUCGAAUUACAUCUAGAAAAUGCAAUGUAUGUUCAAAAUUCAGUUGAUUUAACAGCCGAUUUUUCACCUUUAUGCAUAAAUAAACUUCAUUGUUCGAUUUCAAAAGUAGAUUUCAGAAAUAAGGUGCAAGCUGCAGAAACUAUAAAUUCAUGGGUACAAAAAACAACAAAUAAUGAGAUAUUACACGUAAUUUCUCCAGAUAAUAUCGACGAGGAUACGAAAAUUAUGUUGCUAAAUACUGUGUACCUUAAUAUUGGAUGGCCAAACUUGCCAAAAGGGAAAACAGUGGAACGCAUAUUUCAUAUUUCUCCAUCAGAAAUGUAUUUUGUUCCAACAAUUAAAUUUGGAAAAUCGAUGUUUAAUUAUUUUGAAAUACCACAUUGGAAUUGCAAAUUCAUUGAAAUUCCAUCUUUGAAUGACAAAAUUACAAUGAUCAUAUUUUUGCCAAAUAAAAAUAUGGAAAUUGGGAAUGUGGAGUACCUGGCAGAAAAGUUUAACUUCAAAGAAUUUGAAUCACUUAGAACUGCAUACACAAACAAACUUGAGCAAGAUAUGGAAUUAUAUUUACCAACGUUUACAAUUCAAUUUACUCAAAAUAUGACAAAUUUUUUUCGUCAUACCGGCGUAACUACGAUGUUCAAGAAUAAUGCGAAUUUUAGACGUCUCUCAAAUAUUCCUCUAAAAGUAAGCAAUAUUGUUCAAAAAGUUUUCGUGAGGAUUAACGAAGAAGAUUCAACAAUUCCAAAAGUUGUCAGAAGAAGAGAAAAAAAAUCAGUAGAUCUGCCGCAGGAGUUGGUCGUAGACCGUCCGUUUUUGUACAUAAUCGAAAUAAAUGGAAAGAUGGAAUUUGUUACAACCGUGCGAGCACCAGACUAUUUAUUUACGAGAGAUGAAUUGUAAAUUUUAUUAUGAAUUAUGAAUUAUUUUAUUAUGAAUUAUAAAUUGUAU